AGGGACGCUUUCUCCUUGGCAACCAACGCGGCUCCCACCAUGGCUGAUGAGGAGGACGUUGCCACUCGGAGGGACAAGGUUCUUCGGAUCCAGAGGGUGUUUCUAAACCUGCUCGACUCGUACAGCAGCCGAAACAUCGGGAAGUUUCUAUCUAGUUGUGUAGUUGGGGCUUCCCUGGAAGAAAUCACAGAAGAGGAGGAGGAAGAAGAUGAAAAGUCAGCCAUCCCAGAGACCUCAGCUGCCAAGCUGAAGGAAGGAACUUUCCAGAUUGUGGGCACAGUGUCCGGUCUCGACAACCCCCAGCCCGAGUUCGCCCUGGAGACGUACUAUGCCAUCAGCCGAGAGGAUCUGCUCAUGCGUCUGCUGGAGUGCGACGCGGUCGUCUACAACAUCACCGAGAGCCCCGCGCAGGUGGAGGAGGCCAUCUGGGCCGUCUCUGCCCUGAACGAAGAGGUCAACCAUUUUGAGAAACGCAAGCUGUUUAUCUUGGUGUCCACGGUGAUGACAUGGGCGAGGUCCAAACCCCUGGAUCCUGAUGAUACUGAUAUUCCAUUUACUGAAGAAGAUUAUCGAAGAAGGCGGCACCAUCCCAAUUUUCUGGAUCACAUAAAUGCUGAAAAAAUAGUUCUCAAGUUGGGAAAGAAUGUCAAAAAGUUUACCACUUACGUAGUGGCAGCUGGAAUUCAGUAUGGAAUGGAAGAGGGCGUCUUACACACAUUUUUCAAGAUGGCUUGGCUGGGGGAGCUCCCUGCCUUACCAGUGUUUGGCAAUGGAACAAACGUGAUUCCAGCAAUUCAUGUUAUGGAUCUCGCGGGGGUGGUGCAGAACAUCAUAGACCACGUGCCCAAGCUCCACUACCUGGUCGCCGUGGAUGAGUCUGUGCACACCCUGGAAGACCUGGUCAAGUGCAUCAGUAAGAGUACUGGUCCUGGGAAGAUCCAGAAAGUGCCCAAAGAAAACGCCUUCCUAAGCAAGGAAUUAAGACAAGACUGCCUGGACCACUUGCUGGUCAACCUGAGAAUGGAAGCCCUCUUCGUGAAAGAGAAUUUCAACAUCCGGUGGGUUGCGCAAACAGGCUUUGUGGAUAACAUCAGCACCAUCCUCAAGGAGUACAAGCAGAGCCGGCAUUUACUGCCCAUCAAGAUUUGCAUUCUGGGGCCUCCGGCCGUGGGCAAGUCCAGCAUUGCGGAAGCCUUGUGCAAGCAUUACAAGCUGCACCGCGUCCACCUGAAGGAUGUCAUUUCCGAAGCCAUCGCAAAGCUGGAGGCCAUUGUCGCACCCAAAGACAUCGGGGAAGGAGAAGAGGAAGUAGAGGAGGAAGAGGAGGAGGAGGAGAAUGUGGAAGACGCCCAGGAGCUCUUGGACGGCGUCAAGGAAAACUUGGAGCAGAACGCAGGCCGACUGGAGGAUCAAUAUGUAAUUCGAUUUGUAAGAGAAAAAUUGAAAUCCAUGCCCUGCAGGAAUCAAGGUUACAUUUUGGAUGGCUUCCCUAAGACCUAUGAUCAAGCCAAAGACCUGUUUAGUCAUGAAGAUGAGGAGGAGGAGGAAGAAACCAGAGGCAAAAUGUUUCCCUUUGACAAAUUAAUCAUACCUGAGUUUGUGUGUGCGCUGGAUGCCUCUGAUGAGUUCUUGAAGGAGCGGGUGAUGAACCUCCCCGAGAGCAUGGUGGCCGGGACCCACUACAGCCAGGACCGCUUCCUCCGGGCACUGAGCAACUACCGGGACAUCAACACGGAAGAUGAGACUGUCUGCAAUUACUUUGACGACAUUGAAAUCCACCCGAUCCAUAUAGACGUAGGCAAACUCGAAGACGCUCAGAACAGACUCGCCAUCAAACAGCUCAUCAAAGAGAUCGGGGAGCCUCGGAACUUCGGCUUGACCGACGAAGAAAAGGCAGAGCAGGAGCGCAAGGCUGCGGAGGAGCGCCUGGCCAGAGAGACUGCAGAGGAGGCUGAACGGGAGCGCAAGGAAGCCAUAGAAAUGGCAGAGAAGAUGGCUCGCUGGGAGGAGUGGAGUAAACAGCUGGAAGAGGUGAAACGAGAAGAAAGAGAGCUCCUGGAGACCCAGUCCGUCCCUCUGAGGAACUAUCUGAUGACCUACGUCAUGCCCACGCUCAUGCAGGGCCUCAACGAGUGCUGCAAGGUCAGGCCCGACGACCCUGUGGACUUCCUGGCAGAGUAUCUCUUCAAAAACAACCCCGAGACUCUGUGAAACAUUAAAGACCUUGUGGCAGACACUUUGCAGACCCAGAGAUUAAACAAAGUAACUUGAAGUAUUGCUUUUAAAAACGUUUUUCAUUUUUUUUAAAGUUAAAUCGUUUUACUUGCUGUGAACAACUGUUUUAUUAAGCAGGCUUGUUAUAGAAAGCUAUCCAACAAUGAUUGACUACUUCAUUAAAACUCUGUUGAGACAAUGAGUUGAUAAGCUAUCUGCAGAGAACUCACAAAACAAGUUUUGGUGUAGUAGUUCACUCACAGUCUAAACAUCCUGUAUGUCAUAAUUUACGGAAUGAAGAAAAAUCAGAUUACAUAUUAACCUAGCAUGAAUGCUAAUAGAUUGACAUAAACUGUUGUGAUUCCAGUACCAAUGGCAUUAGAUGGAAAUAAACUUGAACUGUUUA